UCCGGGAAGCGUUUGUGAGGGAAUUCUGUGCGAGCUUCGUCGUCCCGGAAGCAGCCCUCUCCACAUGGUCAAGGUAGCUGCUCAGGGUACUCAGUAGCAUGGAAACAGGAGCUGUCAAGCUUUUUCUAAAGGGUGGAAGCUGUUGGUUCAAGUGAUUUCAGCUGCAGCUCAGGUUCAAGGUCAGCGACUAUUAUCUGUUCCACAAGAUGAGUAACAGCCACCCUCUUCGCCCCUUUACUGCAGUGGGGGAAAUUGAUCAUGUGCACAUUUUAUCUGAGCACAUCGGUGCCUUGUUGAUUGGCGAAGAAUAUGGCGAUGUCACAUUUGUGGUGGAAAAGAAACGUUUUCCUGCCCACAGGGUAAUUUUAGCAGCCAGGUGUCAAUAUUUUCGAGCGUUGCUGUAUGGUGGCAUGCGGGAGUCUCAGCCCGAAGCAGAAAUCCCUCUCCAAGACACCACUGCGGAGGCAUUCACGAUGCUGCUCAAGUACAUCUACACUGGCCGGGCCACACUGACAGAUGAGAAGGAGGAGGUGCUGCUGGAUUUCUUGAGCCUGGCUCAUAAAUAUGGAUUUCCUGAGCUGGAGGAUUCCACCUCCGAGUACCUCUGCACCAUACUUAACAUUCAGAAUGUCUGUAUGACUUUUGAUGUUGCCAGUCUCUACUCACUGCCCAAGCUGACGUGCAUGUGCUGCAUGUUCAUGGACAGAAACGCUCAGGAGGUGCUCUCCAGUGACGGCUUCCUCUCCCUGUCCAAGACAGCACUGUUGAACAUUGUAUUAAGAGAUUCAUUUGCUGCUCCUGAGAAAGAUAUUUUCUUAGCCUUGUUGAACUGGUGCAAGCACAAUGCAAAGGAGGAUCAUGCUGAAAUCAUGCAGGCUGUGCGUUUACCUCUCAUGAGCCUCACUGAACUUCUUAAUGUUGUGAGGCCUUCAGGACUGUUGUCCCCUGAUGCCAUUCUGGAUGCUAUUAAAGUACGAUCAGAGAGCCGGGAUAUGGACCUCAAUUACAGAGGCAUGCUCAUCCCAGAAGAAAACAUUGCAACUAUGAAGUAUGGAGCCCAGGUUGUGAAAGGAGAACUGAAGUCAGCUUUGCUGGAUGGGGACACCCAGAAUUAUGACUUGGAUCAUGGCUUUUCCAGGCACCCCAUUGAUGACGACUGCCGCUCAGGCAUUGAGAUCAAGCUUGGUCAGCCGUCCAUCAUCAACCACAUACGCAUUCUGCUGUGGGACCGCGACAGCCGAUCCUAUUCCUACUUUAUUGAAGUGUCAAUGGAUGAGCUUGAUUGGAUCAGAGUGAUAGAUCAUUCACAUUAUCUGUGCCGAUCUUGGCAGAAGUUGUACUUUCCAGCCCGUGUCUGCAGAUAUAUUCGAAUAGUUGGGACUCACAACACAGUGAACAAGAUUUUCCACAUCGUGGCUUUUGAAUGUAUGUUUACAAACAAGACCUUCACUCUGGAGAAGGGGCUGAUAGUUCCCAUGGAGAACGUUGCAACGAUCGCUGAUUGUGCCAGUGUAAUUGAAGGAGUGAGCCGGAGCCGAAAUGCCUUGCUGAAUGGGGACACAAAGAAUUAUGACUGGGAUUCUGGCUACACAUGUCACCAGCUAGGAAGUGGUGCGAUCGUGGUUCAGCUGGCACAGCCAUACAUGAUCGGGUCCAUACGGUUACUGCUUUGGGACUGUGAUGAUCGAAGCUACAGCUACUACGUAGAGGUCUCUACCAACCAGCAGCAGUGGACCAUGGUGGCUGACAGAACUAAAGUCUCCUGCAAGUCCUGGCAGUCAGUCACCUUUGAAAGGCAGCCCGCCUCCUUCAUCCGAAUCGUGGGAACACACAACACCGCAAAUGAGGUGUUCCACUGUGUCCACUUCGAGUGUCCAGAGCAGCAGAGCAUCCAGACCGAGGAAAGCGGUGAGGAAUUGGGGACAGUGGACGCCAACCCGGCCAGCCAGCAGCUCGACCCUCACGCCCUGCGGGCACCCAGCGGCAGCUCACUGCCCCCCAGCCCAGGCCCCACCUCACGCUCACCCAACCGGCAGCACCAAUAAAGGAGGCAGAGACGGUGUGGCUUGGGUGGACCUGGAUGGAGCAGGAGCGCGUCCGCCCAGGCCGAGGCUUCUGCGCGCCCUUCCCCCAUCCCUGGGAGGCGCAGACCUGGCUGCAGCAGCUAGAGCGAAUCAGGUGGUCUUCCAGGGACAGACUGGCCAUCAUGUUCUCCCUGGCCAAGAAAGGGGCUCCUCUGUCGUCGAGUCCAUCAAGCCCUACCUCUCUACUCUGAGCCAGGCACAGAAGGAAGCCACAGACAGGCUGAGCUAGGGGGCUGGACAGGGGAGCCCUGGGCCUCUGCAGUCUGGAGGCCCUGGAGGCCGCAGGCUUGCUUGGAGUUCCCCAUGGGCGCCCACUGCCCCGCUCCCGGACGGUGUGGAGCUUGGCGUUUCUGCAGCUGCUGAAUCCAGGUGUUCCCCAGGUGGCAUCGCUUCACCAGCAGGCUGCUCAUCCCUGUCCCACCCGUCCCCUCCCUCUGAUACGGCAGUUUCCCCUCCUUGGUUUUGAACAGUUCCACGUGGGGUAGAAUAGAGUCUCCUAAAUGAGGCACAGAUGCAACUCGUCACGGCCCCUGGUUGGUAAGGAGCUCCAGAAAGUUCAGCCAGACACACAGUGCGCAGAUCAGUCUGUGGACAAGAGUUAAUAAUUGCUGAUUAUUAACCUGUCACUCCUAAGAUGGGCCAGCCUUCCAGCUUGGGAGGCUGAAGAGCAAACUGUCAUGCCACCUGCUAGUGUGACACCUCGAAGUGUGGAAGGUAGGCACACACCAGGUUCCCAACAUGCCUGUACUCUUGGCUAGCUGCCCCCCCCCCCCCGACCCCCGCCUGGUUGGACGAUCGGAGGGAGCCUGGCCGUGGGCGUGGGACGUGCAGCCUGGGCCCGGCAGCCGAGUCUCUCUCAGCACCACGUGGAACAGCAAGGAGCAGAUCAGGAGCUGUCCUCCUCAGGCUCCUGGGUGGUCAUGUGGCCACCGUGGCCCCACCUCAGUUUCUCCUUGUGUCACUUGUGGUGGCUUCCCUGCCAGUGCUGCGACCCAGGUCUACCAAGGCUCCUCUCCACAGCUCCCGAGAUGAGACUGAGGGCCACACGCAUGUCCCUUGAACACGCUCAGAGGGGCUCUGACCUCUUUAACAGUUCUACGUGGCACACUGGUUUGGGGCAGUCUGGGAAGGACAGAUUUGUCAGCCAGCAGUCUCCUUUUCUCAGUUUGGAGUGGGCUCUUUGAAACGGUGCACUGGAGGGGAGGGCGGUCUUCCUGGGAGCACAGGCCUGGGCAGCAGUGCUGGUCCUGGGGAGGAGGAGGAGCGCUCAGCUCGGGUCUGUCCUAAUACGAGGCCCCAACGUGAGCGGCAGUUGUCAUCACCAUGGGGAGCCGCUGCCUCUGUCUGCAUCCAGCCCCCAAUGAGCUUGGAGAACUGAUGUCCGCUCUGCCCUGCAAGGAAUGUCCCUGUCACAGAGGAGCCACAUCUGUCCUGUGGAGGGCAGUUUGUAGCUUUUGGAAAAUGCUUGAAGGCUUAUUUCUGGGUUUUUGGUGUUUUUUUUUUUCCUUUAUUUUUGCAACAGAAUCUCAAUUUGUAGCCCAGGCUGACCUAAAACUCAUGGCAAUCCUCCUGCCGUAGCUUCUUGAGUGCUGAGGUUAUAGGCACUACAUCCAUCCUUGGGGCCGGGGCUUCUCGGAGAACACUGAGCCAAGUGCAUGGCUGUUCUGGGGCUAAGAAACCAUGAGCAUCCGUCCAGACCCAGCACACAUGCCUCGCCUGCCAAGCUCUGGCCACUUGAUCCUGUUGGCAACCCCACUGUCUGUUCUAGAAGGUCCUUCUGGAGCACCGUCCAAAGCUAAGCCCACGACAUGUGGGCGCCGUCCAGGGCUCCUCUGUCAGCAGAAGUGAGGGGAGAUGGGGCACGUUCUGAGCCGUCAGUCAGCGUCACCUCCUGCAGGCCCAGAUCCCAAGGUCAGCCUUGGGAAGCCUCCCUUCUACAACCACCACCAGCCAGGACCCCACGGACGCUCUGCCCUCGGCGGAUGGGCUUUCUCUUCCUGAAGGCUCAGUGGGGUCUGGAGACUGCAGUCAGGUGUCACAUCGGCCACACCUCCAGGGGACAGGGAUGAGUGGGCCAGGAAGAGCCCCAGGCAGCCGGGGACAUGGCUGGCCCUCAGGACUUCUACUCUGCUGCCACCUGACCUGAAAGGAAGUGGCUUGAGAGCUGGAGGUGUGUGUGAGGGCUGACAGCCAGAGACUGGGUCCUGUGUGCCCAGCAUGGUGUGGACAGACCCUGGGGAAACUGGGGAGCCAUUGAAAAAAGGAAGGCUGUCCUGGGGAACAGGGCAGGUGUCUGACAGGUGAGGUGGCUUCCUCAUGUGGCCUAGCGUGGAGGGGGGCAGCAGUGUGAGCGCACACCAGGGGCAUCUGAGAGAGACAGCGUGGGGCUUGAGCGCUGCUGGGGCGGCCUGCGCUGGCCUCGAUCCGGGAAAGCAGAAAGGUGUCUUCACUGGGGUUUUUGGGAGAAGUGCUCAGUCACCCACAGCAGUUCCUGGAGGGCCAUUUGGGGGUGCAGGGCAGGGUGGGCACUGAACACUUCAGGAUCUCAGCCCUUGUUCUGAUUUUGGAGAGAGCCAAGCUCAGGAUGGGUGUGGGUUCUUCUCAACUGCUCUUUCAGUUGUCCCUUUUUACAUCUUAUUAAAUGAAGUGUCGAUUCCUGGCAAA